AUGAAGACUUCGAUCAUUGCUGGUCUCUCCCUCUUGGGAGCGGCCAUGGCUGCUGAUGUCCCCAGCAUUGAGAUCAAGGGCAAGAAGUUCUUCUACUCCAACAAUGGCACCGAAUUCUACAUCCGUGGUGUGGCCUACCAGCCUGACUACACUGCCAGCAACGGCGGUACCAGCAGUGAUACCCAGUACACCGACCCUAUCGCCGAUGUCGACAGCUGCAAGCGUGAUAUCGAGUACCUGACCCAGCUCCGCACCAACGUCGUUCGUACCUACGCUGUCGACCCCACCAAGGACCACGACGAGUGUAUGACCGCUCUCGCUGAUGCCGGUAUCUACCUGAUCACCGAUCUGUCUUCGCCCACCGAGUCCAUUGUGUCCGACAGCCCUACCUGGAACGCCGACCUCUUCACUCGUUACUCCCAGGUGGUUGAUGCUUUCGCCAAGUACCCCAACGUCAUUGGUUUCUUCGCCGGAAACGAAGUUGCCAACAAGAUUAACAACACCGACUCUAUGGCCUAUGUCAAGGCUGCCGUCCGUGAUAUGAAGUCCUACAUCAAGGAGAAGAACUACCGUUCUUCCCUCGCCGUUGGCUACGCUACCGACGACGACCAGACCGUCCGUGAGCAGGUCUCCAACUACCUCGUCUGCGAUGACGCCUCCGACUCCAUUGACUUCUUCGGUUACAACAUCUACGAGUGGUGUGGCGACUCCUCCUUCAAGGAGUCCGGAUACUCCGAGCGUACCGAGGAGUUCAAGGACUACCCCGUCCCUGCCUUCUUCUCCGAGUACGGAUGUAACGAGGUUCGUCCCCGCAAGUUCACCGAUGUUCCCGUCCUCUACGGUGACCAGAUGAAUGACGUCUGGUCCGGUGGUAUCGUCUACAUGUACUACGAGGAAGCCAACAAGUACGGCCUGGUUUCCGUCGACGGCAGCUCUGUCAGCACCCUCCCCGACUUCACCAACCUUUCCAAGCAGAUGAAAUCCGCCACUCCCACCGGCGUUGCCAUGAGCGACUACUCCGUCUCGACCACCCUGCCCUACCGUUGGUUCGGACUGGAACGCCGCUUCCGUUCUCCCCCCUCGCCCAACGCCGAUCUUUGCGAGUGCAUGUACAACUCCCUGGAGUGUGUCCCCGUUGACGACAUCUCCACCAAGCUGAUCACCAAGACCUUCUCCUACCUUGGUGGUAUUGAUGGCGUUAUGGAUGGUGUCAACUCCAACUCCACCAGCGGUGUCUACGGUGCUUACUCCAUGUGCUCCACCAAGCAGCGCCUCGCUUGGGCCAUGAACCAGUACUACAAGAAGAACAAGUCCAAGGCCGGUGCCUCCGCUUGCGGCUUCAACGGUGCUGCCUCUACCCAGGCGACCACUGCUGCCUCCGGCUCCUGCGCUACCCAGAUGAGCUCUGCUGGCUCCGCCGGCACUGGCGCCGUCUCCGGUGGCCUUGCUGCUUCCUCCGGUGCUUCUGCUUCUGGCACCAGCUCCGGCAAGGGUGCUACCUCUUCUGGUGUGGCUGUCGGCACUGUCCCCCAGUCUGUCCACAUUGGCAGCUGGCAGGCCGGUGCUUACGCCAUGGCUGCCAUCGCCUCCGGUGUCUUCAUGAUCAUGCUGUAA